CUGCUCAGGCACCGGCUCCGUUCCCGUUGCAGGGACAAAGGGACAGAGAUGUCGAGCAACUGCUCCGAGCUGGAGUGGGCCCUCCACGUGCUGGUGAAGAACUACGACAAGUACGCCAGCGGGUGCUGCAAGAAGCCCCGGCGCAUCACCAAGAAGGACUUCCGCAAGAUGCUGAGCAGGGAGCUCAACCACAUGCUGACGGACACCGGGAACAGGUGCGCGGCCGACAAGCUGAUCUGCGACCUGGACAAGAACAAGGACAGACACAUCAGCUUCCGGGCU